AUGACAGAGUCCAAGCCAGCUGCCCCGAAAGCCCGGCCCCAAUGGGACAAAUCCGAGUGGGACGCCAAAGCAAAGCAGAAGGAUGCGCAUUAUGCCGAGCAGGCCAAAGCGAGGGACGAGGCCUUGCAGCAGGGGCGGAAAUUCAAGCCGUCAGCUAUGGACAAUCUGCCAGAAGCGACUGAGUCGCUCAAGCAGCGUACGGAUGAUCUGGGAUUAGAGAAGAAUCUCAACAAGACGAUGAUUGUCACGACGACAGCUGCGGGGAAUGGGAAAGGUCCAAGAGGGCCUGGCUUCUACUGUGACCUAUGCGACCGGACUCUGAAAGACAGUCUAUCAUACCUCGACCACGUUAACUCUCGAUAUCACCUCCGACACCUGGGCCAAACCACCCAAGUAACCCGCUCCACCCUCCUCGACGUUCGCCGUAAAAUCGCAUCCCUCCGCGCCCAGACCGCCGAAAAGGUCAACUCGAAGAACUUUGACUUUGCCAAACGCCUAGAAGCGAUACGCGAGAAUGAAGCGCAGGAAAAGGCGAUACGAAAGGAGGAUCGGAAGCGGAAGAGGGCGGAGCGGAGGGAUGCGGAGGGGUUGGGUAGGAUAGGGCUGGAAGCUGGGGCGGGCGCGAAAGAGAGGGAGGAUAAGGCGAGGGAAAUGCAGGGGCUGGAGGGGAUGUUGGGGUUCUCGGGGUUUGGGGGUGGGAAGAAGAGAUAG